AUUGAGUCCACUGCCAACGCUGUCGAAGCUACGACAGACACACGUAGCCACAGCUAACGUUAGCUAAGUUAAGUGAUUACUGAUUAUCGUCGGUUGGAGAUGAAUGUUAAUGUGCAGCAGUUACUUUGGCGAGUACACAAUCUGACCAAAACCACAUUGAUGAGGGAGCAAACAUUUGCAACUAUGAGUGUGGGCACUGUUAGCUAAGGUGGAUUAGCACAUAGCCUGAAAUACACCCACACCGCCCGCGGUUAACACACCUCAACGGUGGUGCUCAAGGUGCAGGCCCAUUUCUCCUCAUCCAGCGUGCUUUACACGUGUUUGUCUUAACAGGAAAACUUUGUUUUUGACUGUGGCACAUUCACACAUCUCACACCAACACACUUUGCAGUCAUUCCAGUUGUUCCACUAAUAUUUUGGCAAGAGAGGUUACAAGUAUUUUAGGCUAUCUAACCUAACAAUUAGUCAAUUGUGAUGGUUAGACAUGAGGUUGACGUGAUGUUUCAGAUUAUUUUCUAAAAUAAAUUCUGUGAUGAACUAAAGUUACCCAUUCUUGUCUUGUCCAGCAGGAUAAUCUUCAUUUGUAUUUUAAGUGCAUUUUUUUAUGGAUUUUAUCAGGCUUGUAUUCAAAAGGCUAGAUGUAACUAACUUUAUUUAUUUUUAUUGACAGAUGGGAUGGCCCUGUAAAUUGUGCAACACUGUGGUACCAGGAAAGAGUGACAUUUUAAAGCAUUAUAGACUGCAUCAUGGGACUUUUGGACACAGCCAUGCCUUGCCUUGUAUUCAUAUAGAUUGCCCAUGUUCUUUUAAAUCCUGGAGUUCCUUCCGCUCUCACCUCUCAAGAUACCACCCAGAAGCUAAAUCCUUCAUCUCACCACAAGAAAGCAAAUGGUGAUAUUGAAGCGCCACAUCUGUCUCCAACAUAACUCUUCUUAGAAAUGGAGCAAACUGUGAGAUUCCGGGUCCUCAUCGAUCAUGAAAUCAAGAAACUCACUCUCAGCAGUGGCAUGCCCUCAACUGUGAAUGAGUUGGUUGCAGCUGUCAAAGAACAUUUUUCCAUCCCCACAGAUAUAAGUCUUCAAUACAAAGAUGAGGAAUUUGAUGACUUCUUCACCCUAACAUCUACCAAUGAGCUGAAAGAUAAGUGCACACUUAAAGUUGUGUAUACACCGCUGGAGUUGACGCUGACCGUUGUUCCCCAGGAAAGCACCCCAGAUGCCUCUGAUGUCAGCUCUCUCUGUGAGUGUACGAGUCUCAGUGGGAACUCAGUGGAUACCGUCAUUCUGAGUCCAUCCCCCUCUGAAAGGCAGAGCCCAUGGCCUGCUGUGUUUCCAAUUCCAACCUUCUCACACAACACUGAACUGGCCUUAAGACAAGGAAACGAGAUUUAUUUAAGAGAUGGCACCCCUAUGACAUCACCAAGUAUCAAAUCAGACAUCCUGGAGCGCCUGGCAGAGGCCAUGUUUUUCUACACAGCUUACCCCAAUGAUGCCCAGAGAUGUGCAGUGGCAGAGGCACUAGUUGCAAAGCAUCCCUGCUUAAAGGAGCCCGGAUCUUUUAAUGGAAUUUAUGGGUGGCAGGUAAGCCUAAAGUAUAAGUGUGGAAACUACCGGACAAAACGGAAAGCACUUGGAAGCACUGAACUCCUGAUAAACUCACUGAGAAACAAGUCAAGUGAUGAGCGAAAAGCUGCUAAAAAUGUCAAGAAACCAAAGAGGGCAGAGGUGAAUUACUUGCCCUCACACCCACAUGGUGAAACAGAUGACACCCUUGAGAAUCUGAGACUUGACCUAAUUGCUGCCCAUCAGACAAAGGACUCUGUCAGGAGCACAAAUGAUAUGAUGGCCAGAACAUACAGCUGGAGAAGACAGGAAGUUAUUACCAAGUCUCCUG